AUGGAACAAUUUAGACGUGUAGGGUUUGCAGUGGUUAGGGGAGCCUUAGCUAGAAUCGUGAUUAUGAAGCUGAUCAGUUACAAUAUUAGAGGUUUAGGAGGGCUGGCUAAGAAGAAGGAAAUGUUAAAUUUAAUUCGUAGAUCUGGAGGGCUAUUGGUUAUUUGGGAUAGUAAUACUUUUUCAAUUCGGAGAAAGCAGUUGAUGGAACACGUCUUAUGGCUGGAAGCUUGUGGAGUAAAAGUGUUUCUGGAGAAUAUAAAAUUUAAAAUUAUUGGCGCAGAGCAUAAUGAAGAACUGGUGCGAGAAUCUACUGAAUCAGAAGUUCGAAGAGCUGUAUGGGAGUGUGAUAGCGACAAAAGUCUAGGUCCGGAAGGAGUGAAGUUUUGCUUUGUGAAAGAAUUUUGGGACGAAAUGAAACAGGACUUCAUUGAGGGUAUGGUGAUAUCGGAGCCUCAGUCUGCCUUCAUAUCUGAUAGACAGAUUCUGGACGGGAUUUUAAUCGCAAAUGAAAUUGUGGAUGAAGCUAGGAGCAGGAAAAAAGAAGUGAUAAUGUUUAAAGUAGAUUUUGAGAAAGCCUACGACUCGGUGGACUGGAACUUCCUCGACUUUGUGAUGUUAAAGAUGGGAUUUCACGAUAAAUGGAGAAGGUGGAUUAUAGAAUGCCUCAAAACUUCUUAUGUAUCAGUGCUUGUUAAUGGCAGCCCGACCAAGGAAAUUGAAGUAGCAGCAAACUUAUUGAAUUGCAAGACGGGCUCAACUCCUUUCAAAUACCUUGGACUCCCAAUCGGAGUCAAUUCUAAGAGAUUAGUAACAUGGAAUCCUGUGAUAGAAGCUGUUAAAUUAAGAUUUUCAAGAUGGAGGAAUCAACAUCUAUCAAGUGGUGGUCGAGUGGUGAUCCUUAAAUCUGUCCUUUAUGCUCUUCCGGCUUACUUUCUCUUGUUCUUCAAAGCUCCGACAGGUUUGUGGCAUAACGUUUGCAAAUGGCUUAGGAUCAACACGACCCUGCACAGAGAAAGAUUGGCUCACUUAUCUCAAUUUGAAGGGUUGGCUGGAGGUGGAAGGGCUUCGUUUUCAAACUUAGGCGUGAUUUGGUUCGCAUGUGUGUGGAGUAUAUGGAAAGCCAGGAACGACAAGCUGUUUGGUAACAAGGAGGUGGUUGUCCACAAAUCUAAUCAACUUGAAGCUAAAUUUAGCUCAAUGUCAUGUAGAUCCAAGGGCCUGCAUAGGCAUUACAAAAUCAUAAUUUCAGCUUUUUGUGUUAGUCGCUUUGUGCUUUCUGCUCAGGUGGGUGUCGUCGCUCGGGUGUUUGUUGUAGUCGCUGCAGUGUUGUCCUCGAGCUAUUUCUGCUGGUUCUGGUGUUGUUUCUGUUGUAUGUUCAUGUUAUGUUUCAGUCCCGACGCGUGUCAGAUUCGUUGCGUUGGCGUGUAUUUCGGUUAGGCUGGUCUGGUUAGAGUGUGCUUUGUUCGGGAAUUGUUUCUGCUCCUUUUUUUGGUGGUGUGCUUCAACCUCAGUCGGCUUAAUAUUGUUCUGUUGGAGCUGUGUGGUGUGGUCGGCUUGUAAUUGGCUUAGUCUUUUUCUGUUGGAGCUGUGGUGCUUAGCAGUGCAGUGUGGUUUCAAAUUUUCAGGUUUGGUGGCUGUCAAGUUGUGCAUUUUAGCUUUGGUCUUCUCAUGCUAUUUUUGGUGGUGUGGAGUAUCUUGGAUUUGGGGAGUUUAUUGUUUUGGCCUAGUUUAGGAGUGUCUCUUUAUUUUCACUUGUUCUGGUUUUUCUUUGCUACUCUGUAGUUCUGCUUGUAUUUACUUUUGUGUGGAUUUUCCUUAAUAAAAAAUUUCUUUUCAAAAAAAACA